CUUCAAUUUGCUAAUAGUUUGCUUCAUGUCUGAAAUAAAGCAACGCACAAAGACGCCUAUUGAUGACACAGAGUCACGAUACUGCAAAAACCUGCAGAGUGCACAUCAGAAUCUGGCCAAGGGAGCGAACACUUAUCUCAACUACCAGGCUACAGGAGGUUUCCCCUAUUUUCUACUAUGAAGUCGUGCAUUGCUGUGGUUGCAUUUGUUCUACCGCUUGUCAGGGCUCAGGUUCCCCACUGGGGACCGUGUCCAGAUCCAGAGGUUCAACCUGCAUUUGACCUCAGACAGUUCAUGGGGAGAUGGUUUGAAAUUGCCAAACUGCCGGCACAGUUUGAGAAAGGCCGCUGCAUCGAAACCAAUUUCACUUUGACUACAGAGAGCUCCAUCCGAGUGGUCAGCUCGGAAAUACUAAAUGGAGAGCUGCGGAAAAUUGAAGGUAUUGGAGCCAUAGAGGAUAUGAAGAAUCCUGCCAAGCUGGGAAUAAGUUAUUCCUAUGUGCUGCCCUACUCCCCCUACUGGAUCCUGUCCACUGACUAUGUGAACGUGGCCGUGGUGUAUUCCUGCACAGACGUCUUGAGGCUCUUCCAUGUUGAUUUCGCCUGGAUCCUGGGUAGAUCACGAACCCUGCCGGACGCCACCAUCAUGGAGGCCAGGGAGAUCUUUGCCAGCAACAACAUUGACAUUAUCAGGAUGGUGCCCAGCCAACAGCACAACUGUGACAAAACUCUCUGAGCAGGAACGAUGGUGCUGUAGUUGACAGAAGGGGAGGAUGAUUGGUUUGAAUAAAUCUUUGAUGGUGUGUGUGGUUAUAAAAGCAAAGGCAUCUCUGUUGCUCAGAUAGAUUUAGUUGUGGAGCAGUUUGCGUGCACUGUAGUGAGGACAACUGUAAGGUGUAAGUAGAGUGUAUAAGAUUUAGAGACAUAUGCUUGCAAAAAUUCAACACGCUAUUCAUGACAUUAUUUUUAUUAGUAUCACAUAAUAGUCUUCAGUAGGCAAACGUAGUGCUAGAUGCUGCUAAAUCUUACUCAUUGAACCUGAAUUAACACAGAGUCAUACAGUAUUUUAACAACUUGUAUCAUUUGCAGUGAAAAGCCUUGAAACAAGAAUAAAAUAUUUAUGCCACAAGACAGAAAAAUAA